CGGGAGGAGGCGGAGCGCGAGGCGGGGUGGCCGCGGGCGGGUGUGCGCGCCGGCCCGGCGCCCCCGAGCGCCCUGCCUCGCCUCCCGCGCCCAGCCUCUCCCCGGCUCCGCCACAGACACACACCCACCAAGCACCCACCACCCUCCGCCCCCGCCGACCGCCGCCGCCUCUCCGCCGGCAGCCCGAGCGAGCGGCAACUCUCCGGCCCGCGCGGCUCGCCUUCCCGGCUCCUUCCGCGCGGCGAGCUCAGCCCCGCUCGAUUUUUUCCUUUUCUAUCCCAGCCCUCUCCUGUCUGGGCGGCGGCGGCGGCGGCGGCAGGGGGAUGGGGGCCCGCGUGGGGAAGGGGGCGAAGAUCGAUGAAGAUUAUUGUUCUUUUUAAGGAUACCUUAGCUUCCUCCCGCCGCCUCUCCUUUGAGCUUUCCUGCUAGAGACCGUGAACAGAGUCAGGGAUGUGAGGAGAGGGGGAAAAACGCCAGGAGCUCCAGCCAGCCGGGGAGACCCUCCUCUCCGUGGAGGGGAGGGGGAUUUCCAGCGACAGAUCAUUGGCGAAGGGGACCGUCGCAGGGAGAGGAGCCCCGGAGGGAGCGGGGAAUCCCACAACCCUUUGUGGUGCCCGAGCCCGUGCCGCCUGCUGAGCGGGGUCUGUGGGAGCUAGUUGUGUUGGUGGAAAUGCCUGCCUCAGAAGGCUAUCACUUCAGCUGACACUCCCACAGCUUAUUCUUUUGAGGAGCCUGGCUCUGUGGCUUUGUCCAGUUCAAAAUGGCAGAAAAGGUCCCCCCUGGCUUAAACAGGAAGACUUCAAGAUCGACACUGUCCCUUCCACCAGAACCUGUGGACAUCAUUAGGAGCAAGACAUGCUCGCGGAGGGUUAAAAUCAACGUGGGGGGCCUCAACCACGAAGUCCUGUGGAGAACGUUGGACCGGCUGCCCCGGACGCGCUUGGGGAAGCUCCGGGACUGCAACACGCACGAGAGCCUCCUGGAGGUGUGCGAUGACUACAACCUCAGCGAGAACGAGUAUUUCUUUGACCGGCACCCGGGGGCCUUCACUUCCAUUUUAAACUUCUACCGGACGGGCAAACUCCAUAUGAUGGAAGAAAUGUGCGCGCUCUCAUUUGGCCAAGAGCUUGAUUACUGGGGGAUUGACGAGAUCUACCUGGAGUCCUGCUGCCAAGCCAGGUAUCAUCAGAAGAAGGAGCAGAUGAACGAAGAACUGAGGCGGGAGGCCGAGACCAUGCGAGAGCGGGAGGGAGAAGAGUUUGAUAACACCUGCUGCCCGGAGAAGCGGAAGAAGCUCUGGGACUUGCUGGAGAAACCUAACUCGUCGGUGGCUGCAAAGAUCUUGGCCAUCGUGUCUAUCCUGUUCAUCGUACUCUCCACCAUCGCUCUGUCUCUCAACACUCUACCAGAGCUGCAGGCAACAGACGAGUUUGGCCAACCCAACGACAACCCCCAGUUAGCCCACGUGGAGGCUGUGUGUAUUGCUUGGUUUACCAUGGAGUACCUUUUACGCUUCCUGUCCUCACCAAACAAGUGGAAGUUCUUCAAAGGCCCCCUAAAUGUCAUAGACUUGCUGGCCAUCUUGCCAUAUUACGUCACCAUCUUCCUCACAGAGUCCAACAAGAGCGUGCUGCAGUUCCAGAACGUGAGGCGCGUGGUUCAGAUCUUUCGGAUCAUGAGGAUCCUCAGGAUCCUGAAACUCGCCAGGCAUUCCACAGGCCUGCAGUCCCUGGGGUUCACCCUCAGACGGAGCUACAACGAAUUGGGCUUACUGAUCUUAUUUUUGGCCAUGGGGAUAAUGAUAUUUUCCAGCCUGGUAUUUUUUGCAGAGAAGGACGAAGACGCUACCAAGUUCACCAGUAUACCAGCAUCGUUUUGGUGGGCCACCAUCACCAUGACCACCGUGGGCUAUGGUGACAUUUACCCGAAAACACUAUUAGGGAAAAUCGUGGGAGGCCUCUGCUGUAUUGCCGGGGUUCUGGUUAUUGCCCUCCCCAUCCCAAUCAUUGUGAACAAUUUUUCUGAGUUUUACAAGGAGCAGAAACGCCAGGAGAAGGCAAUUAAAAGGAGAGAAGCUCUUGAGCGGGCCAAGAGGAACGGAAGCAUUGUUUCCAUGAACCUAAAAGAUGCCUUUGCUCGCAGCAUGGAACUGAUAGAUGUGGCCGUGGAGAAGACAGGAGAGUCGGCCAGUACUAAGGACUCGGCUGAUGAUAAUCACCUGUCCCCAAGCCGGUGGAAGUGGGCCAGGAAAGCUCUGUCGGAAACAAGCUCCAACAAAUCUUUCGAGAAUAAGUACCAGGAGGUUAGCCAGAAAGACUCCCACGACCAGCUGAACAACACUUCUUCCUCCAGCCCGCAGCAUCUGAGUGCCCAGAAACUUGAGAUGCUGUACAACGAGAUCACCAAGACGCAGCCUCACGCCCACCUGAACCCGGACUGCCAGGAGCAGCCCGAGAGGCCCUCUGCAUACGAGGAGGAGAUCGAGAUGGAAGUAGUGGUGUGCCCGCAGGAGCAGCUGGCCGUGGCGCAGACCGAGGUCAUCGUGGACAUGAAGAGCACCUCCAGCAUUGACAGCUUCACCAGCUGCGCCACCGACUUCACGGAGACCGAGAGGUCGCCGCUGCCGCCGCUGUCCGCCUCCCACUUGCAGAUGAAGUUCCCACCCGACCUUCCGGGGACGGAAGAGCACCAAAGAAUCAGGGGGCCCCCAUUUCUAACACUGAGCAGAGAGAAAGGGCCCGGGGCCAGGGAUACCAUCCUGGAAUACGCUCCAGUCGACAUCACUGUGAGCCUUGAUGCCAGCGCUUCCCAAAGUGGGCUCCACGGCCCUUUGGCGUCGGACGGUACCUCCGAGAGCCCUAAGAGUUCGCUGAAAGGCAGCAACCCCCUAAAAUCCAGAUCGCUCAAAGUGAACUUUAAGGAAAACAGAGGCGGUGCCCCGCAGACCCCGCCCAGCACAGCCAGGCCACUGCCCGUCACCACGGCUGACUUUCCCCUCACCACCCCGCAGGUCAUCAGCACCAUCCUCCUCGAAGAAACCUCCUCCCAGGGAGACAGACCCUUGCUGGGGGCCGAGGUGUCCGCACACUGUCAGGGACCUUCCAAAGGGCUGACCCCUCGGUUUCCCAAGCAGAAACUCUUUCCUUUCUCGUCAAGAGAGAGGAGGAGCUUCACCGAAAUAGACACUGGCGAAGAUGAUGACUUCUUAGAGCUCCAGGGGCCCAGGCAGGACGAGCAGGCAGACUCCAGCCCCAACUGCUUUGCAGAUAAACCUAGUGAUGGAAGAGACCCUUUGAGAGAAGAGGCCUGUGUGGGCUCUUCCUCCCCCCAGGACACAAGUCACAACUGUAGGCAAGACAUUUACCAUGCUGUGGCGGAAGUAAAAAAGGACAAUAAUAGUCAAGAAGGGUGCAAGAUGGAAAACCACUUGUUUGCCCCAGAAAUUCAUUCCAACCCGGGAGACACAGGUUAUUGUCCCACACGUGAAACCAGCAUGUGACUAGUUACAAAAGCAAUAAUAAUAAUAAUAAUAAUAAUAAAAACUUGUUUCUUAAAAAUGCGGUAAUAAUGCCUGUGAACUAAAAACAUGGGAAGCCCCCUCCCACCAAAAAAAAAGUGCAUAAAAUGUUAUUUUUGCAUGGCAUGAACAGUUUAGUUUAAGUACUGUUAAAAUAAAGAGUCAAGACUGCAUUUUGUAAUGAACAGAAAUGACUGAGGAACAGUGAACAAAUAAAGAGAGCUCUAUUAUAGGAACCAGUAUUCUGCAAUGUCUGACAUUUUUGAUCCUUUCAUUUCAAAUUGUAGACGGAUUUCAACUUUUAACUUUUCUGUUACAAUGAAUUUUAGAAUUUGCACAUGAAAGGAUGAAAUGUCACCGCAUGCAUUCAUAAUUAGGAGGACCAAGGUGCUUUGAGCUUGCAAAAUGCGUAACUUUGUAAAUAAUGGGACCCGGGAUGCAAAAUUGUCAAGAACAUAUGGAAACAAGUUUCUGAGACACAGAUACUUCCUUCACAGCUACUGCCUGGAGGAGCUGUACAGACUUCCUGUUGCAAAAUUGCAACCUCUUCUUAAACCAUCUCACAUAUCUUGCUUUGGGUUAUAAAGCUCUUAAAAGUCAUUUGUUUAAAGGAAUACAGUAUUUUUAUUGUGAUAUAAUUCAUAGGGUGCAUUUUUCUUUUGUGCUUCUGCUUAGUUGUGGCACUUGUGGUUUUAUUUAUAAAUCAUGAAAAUAGGCAAGAUUUAAUGACCAGAUAUAGACAAAUUUGGAAUUUAAGCUUGAAAUUUUGCCAAUUAUAUAUCUAAUUUUGCCACAGCCUAAAACCCUGAAAAUAUGUCAAAGGUUAUAUCAUACAACUAAACUUUUUUUUUUUUCUUUUAACACACUCCACAUUUGGAAAUUUAGGUGGUUUUUGUUUUUUGUUUUUUAGUUGUAUGUUGACCAUCGAAAGAUGACAGUAUUUUCCACUAGAAGCCAACAUAAACUUUUCUAUCUGAAGAACUAAAGAUAGAAUGUAGAUAUGCCAAAAUGGGAAUUCCAAAAAGUGACUUCUGACAAACUGAAAGCUGUCUUUAAGUCAGACUGCCACCCCUCUCACAGUUAGUUGGGUUCAGAAAUGAGUUACCAUAAAAAGAGUCGUAGGCUGGUAAUGGUAGCCCAGUAAUUCCCAGUGUGGGGAGGGAACAUGGCUGCUUGAGGAGCCCUACAGAGGCCAGUAGGCACCAGCAAUUAGAAACACCCCUUCAUGUUUCCAACGCCCCAAGCAUCACCAGGACUACCCUUGUGGAAAGCCACAUCCAGGAUUUUCUACUGAAAACACUGAAAUCCAGAGGAGUUGAGACACGUUCUGGUGCUUAUCCUGUUGGUCAAGUCUGUGCUAAGAACCCAGGUUGUUUGAAUCCAUUUUGCUUCACAGGAAAUGAAGGUUCUGGUUCCAGAUACGUGACUACCAGAUGUGCGAUUCUGGAUAGGCCUUGAAAAAACCUCUUAGUCUCUGUUUUACCCCCAAUAAACCCAAGACAGAAUUCUUUCUCAGCUCCCUUAAGACUUCAUGGUUAAGACAAUUCCUUGGUCUCUCAGGAAUGUUCAAGUUUUGCCUCAGCAGAAUGCAUUUUGUAUGUAUGUGUGCACAUGCAUGUGUGAGUGUGUGUGUGUGUGUGUGUGUGUGUGUGUGUGUGUGUAGUUCAUGGAAAGAGUUUG